GGCACGCCAGCAACCCUGGACAAUAAUAUUGCAGCCCUUCAGAGACGUUCUGGUCAUAUUUAUUAGAGCGGAAAUGAUUGAAUGCUAUUUUGGUGAUUAGGAAUAAAUGUAGCUAGCACACUAGUUUUAAGGUUGUAUGUGUCUAACCAGCAAGCUUGGCAUGUUAAUUUCGGAAUUUAGUUCAUGUUAGACCAUUCCAGUCGCCAUUUGGAGAGAAACCUCGAGCUGUUGGGUUAGUUGGCAAGAUAACUGGAUACAGUAACGCUGACCGCUAGCUACGGUUAUGUGGGACGAUAGUGAUAAAGGCUAGUUAGCUAAAUGCAUUUUGUUAGCUAACUAUAGUAGGCCAGUUCUCGUAACCUGAUGCAUACCGGUACCAGUCUAUUGCUACGUGUUGAAAAAUGCUAGGAUGUUCAAAAAUGUGUUCGGGUCAGGAUUUAUUGUAAGAACCGCGCACGUUAUCCUGACAUGGGUAAUAACACUGAUACUCUUCCUACAUGAUACAGACCUGAGGAAGCAAGAGGAGAGGGGAGAGCUCAUCCAACCUGUGCUCUUUGUCUUGCUGGUCCUUGUGUCGGUGUUGCUGUACUUUGCUGUCUCACUCAUGGAUCCUGGCUUUGUCCUAUCUGACGGUAGUGACUUACAGUUCACCCUUGGCAUCGCUGAGGAGACGCAGGACAUGAUUCCCCCAACAACCAAGUCUCUGCGACAGCGGCGCUGUGGUCAUUGUCUGCUCCAGCAGCCAAUGAGAUCCAAGCACUGUCAGACCUGUCAGCACUGCGUGCGUCGCUACGACCACCACUGCCCCUGGAUCGAGAACUGCGUGGGUGAGAGGAACCACCGCUGGUUCGUGCUCUACCUGGCUGUCCAGCUGUUGGUGCUGCUGUGGGGCCUCCACAUGGCCUGGUCGGGCUUCACCACGGCACCCACCUGGCAGCUGUGGCUGCGCGGCAAUGGCGUGCUGCUGGGUACAGUGGCGGUGGUGGCGGUGCUCUCCCUCACCGUGCUCCUACUCCUGGGCUCCCACCUCUACCUAGUCUCCCUCAACACCACCACCUGGGAGUUCAUGUCGCGCCACCGCAUCUCCUACCUCAAGCACUGCGGCUCUGAAGAGAACCCGUUUGACCGUGGUGCGCUGCGCAACCUCUGGGGCUUCUUCUGCAACUGGGGCGCCAUAGUGUGGGAACAGGUGUACUUCAGAGAGGGCAACGACCCCAUCUGAUUAGCAAACAAGCUAACUAACUCGUCGUCUACUCAAGUUCUUCAUUCCUUCCCUAGAAUUCCCUAGAAUUGAGUUUACAUCCUCCUUUCUAGAAGUAUCUUUAUAUGAGAAAGACAUCCAAAUGAACUAUGAACUCCUCUCAUUACUUCAGUUGGUCACUGAACUUUGCAAGUUCAGUUUAGUAUGUAAGUGGAUUUCAAUGGAAUUGAGCGCAAUCCUGGUAUUUAUUUCAGUUGACUAGUGACAUGAUAAAAAAACAUUUGUCAGGAAGACAGGAAAAGUUUUACUGGAACAAAUAGGUCAGCUAUUCAGUCUUGGUAAUAAAGGUAAUUGCAGUGAGCCUGUGAAUAGUAGCGCGAUUCUUAGUGUUGCUCUGUUUAUUUCCUAUCCUUCCAACUUACCAUUGCCUUUGACAACCACUACACUCCCACCCACUCCAAUACCUUCUUCUGUCCAAAGAAUAAUAUCUAAGAGUGAAGAGUAAAAAAUAUCACUGAAGUAUUAGGAAUUUGAGCUAAGGGAACUCUUAUGUGUUGAAGGGAACACAUUUACAGAAUAGAUCAAUAAAUCACAUAAUUCCUUGACAGUUAGAUUAACAGAAAGGCAAUUCACGUAUGGCCUGUUUUUCUAUUCCCUGAGUUUACUAAGCUAUAACACACUAUAAGCUAACUGUUGUUUUAUACAGGAUAAAGGUACUUUCAUAUACUAUUGUUGAUGUAAAACUGUCUAUACUUGAGAGCAUGAUUUGAUUCCUUGUUGGUGUAUUUUCCCCAAUAUUGACUCGGCAUUGACAGAGGCUCUGUAGCGACCAAGUGGCUGAUUGACUCAGUCAAUCAAGUCUUUAGGCUGUGUUUAAACAUGCAGUUUAAUUCUGAUCUUUUGCCCAAUUAUGGGCCAAAGAUAUGAUCUGAUUGGUCAGAAGACCAAUUAUUGGCAAAAUAUCAGAAUUGGGCUACCUGUGUUUACACAGCCUUAGAUUUCCAGAAGAACAUUCCUCUUAACCAUUUGAGUAUUUUUGCAUAUUGAAAUAUUGUUACAAAUAUCACAUUUUCAAUGCCUGGUUUACUGUAAUAGUUUAGUUUAAUUGAAUCUGUACAAAAAGGAAUGUCAGGUUUUAAGGCUGCACUACAGCUCAAAGCUUCCUGGCAACAGGGUUAAUAUGAAGGCAAAGGUCAGCCAAGUGUUGGCAAAUUAAUAAGUAAAUAAAAUGGUAAUUCAGUUAUCAAUAUAUUUUUGGUAGUACCAUGAUCCGUCGACAAAUUAUUGCACCUCUUAUAAAAUGGUAGAGAGGCGUUUUAUUUGCAAUUGUAUUAUCUAUUACUAUAAAGUAUAGUAAAUGUGAAAAGCACACAAUUUGCACCAUCCGUGGUUUGAAAAAGGAUCUGAUCUUGGGUGAAACUCCAAACAUGUUUAAUCAUUCACUUAAAUCAUUUCUCACUUUUUCAAUUGACAGAAUGUCAUACUAUUUUUGUAAACAGGUUUAUCGCUCUUGAUGCAAAUCAACCUUUUUGAACGUCCAUUUUGGAACAUAAAAAGUUUGCAUGAGAUUUUUACAUCUAGUUUUUUGUAACUUUAGGAAUAAUCGUAGAGAACUUAUUUAAAGGAGUGCAAUGUUGUGUGUGUUCCCUAACUUAAUCGUUAGCUUAUUCUCUGUGCAAUAGGAGAGCAUAGAAAAACAUGACAGAAAUGAGCAAUAAUGGUAAUAUUGUCAUCUUUUUAUAGUAUCAGAAAAUCUUUCUGGCUCUUCCAGUAGAAUUUAAAGAUAAGUGAUGUGAUUUUAUAUAUAUUUGUUUGGUGAUUUCAGUGUGAACUGUUUAUGAACAAAGUAAUUAAUGCAAUAUUUUAGUUUUUAAGAAAUUGUUUGAAAUGCAGUAGACCUAUCAAUAAAUUGAAAUGUUUAUUUCAGAAAAAUG